UUUCAGCGCCGUUGUAACUUUGAACAGUCACUCAGUGAAGUGUUGUAAGUUGAGGACUAUGUGUGUUCAAUGCACACAUUGCAGAGCGCUGCAAUGCAAUGCAUGCAAAAUCAACUUCUUCUUAUGUAGUAGCCAACCUCCAAUGACUGAUGCGAAGACGUAUUGUAUCGUUUAAAAAACGUUCGGGCGUUUUGUUAGCCUUAUCAGGGUUGAUACGCAAUUGCAGAAGGUGUAUAUUAAGCAUUUCACAAGUAAAACGAUGAAAGUGUUGUUGCUGAAAGAUCCAAAGGAAACUGAUGGUGGACCAGAUUCUUACAUAAAGGAAUUCGGUUCACACGGACUCAAAGCAACUUUAAUUCCAGUUUUAGCAUUUGAAUUUAUUUCUCUUCACACUUUCUCUGAAAAACUUUUUCAUCCUGAUCAAUACCGUGGACUAAUUUUUACCAGCCCAAGAGCAGUAGAAGCUGUUAAAUUAUACCUAGAGGAUAGUUGUAAAAAAGAAGCUUGGAACAAUUAUCUAAGAGAAAGAUGGAAUACUAAACCUGUUUAUGUGGUAGGGAAAGCUACUGCUGGAUUAGUAACUGAAAUAGGUCUCAAACCACAAGGAGAAGAUUGUGGAAAUGCUGAAAAACUAGCGGGAUUCAUUUGCUCCCGGGAGCCAUCAAAUUCAUUGCCUCUUCUUUUUCCAUGUGGUGCUCUGAAAAGGGAAACGCUUCCAACAAUGCUCAAGGACAAAGAUAUUAUGUUGGAAUCUGUUACUGUUUAUCAAACCAGUCAACAUCCUGACCUCCAGGAAUCCUUGACGAAUUAUUUCUCACAAGAGGUAUUUUGUUUUCGGAGUCAUCUUGAGUUCAAGACACUGCCUUCCAUUUAUUUAUCUGGUACAGUUACCAUUGAACAGAGGUUAGACCAGUGAUGGCAAACCAUUUUCUUAUGGCGUACCAAAAUUGUCCAUGUGUGCUGUCAUGCACGCAGGUAUGCCCACACCAAUUCAAUCCUCUCCACCCACCUGCGCAUACAAGCAUGAUCCCCCUGCAUAUGCACGCACAAUUCCUUCCCAGGCUCCGGAGGCUUUCCUGAAGCCUGGGGAGGGC